AUGCCAAAGAUGCCGUGGGUGUGGGUCUGCGACCAGAAAGCACCCGCAAAGCCAAAAAAGCUGCCGGUCCCCAAGUACUUCCAGCAUGGCAAUGAGCACGCUGGAAAGCUGACCUGGGAGAGCAUUCUGAGAUGGCUUAGCCGAGGAGUGGAGCGGCAGGUGACCUCUAUCUGGAUAGCAGUCGAGCGACCGGGAGGUUCUGACUGGUCACUAGACGAGGUGGCGGUGCUAGAUAGCUCGCCUUUCAGGGACGGCACGCUGGUCGUCGUUUGUUGCGCCAACGAGAGGCUGAACCCGAAUCUGUCCGGGCUGCUGCCAGCGCCCGCAAAGCUUCGCACGCGGUUGAGCGACGCUGCCCAAGCACAGUCCGCCAAGAUGUGGAAGUCUGCGAAGUCGCGAAUGAUGGCGACGAUGGCCCUGAGCCGCGCAACCAACGUUUUCAGCAAGAGGAACUCGGAUGAGAGUGAUGGAUCAUCGCUUUGGACCCGAGAUGAAACGCAGGCGGACCAGGCCACUAGAAUGGACUCCGCUCGAGACAAUUCUGGCACCGGCUCCAUUUCUCUGAAGUCGGCGAUCAAGAAGGAUGCGAGCAAGAAAAAGCUUCGCUUCGACAUCGAAGGCGGCGAAGCAGAGGAGUCGUUUCUGGAACUGUUGCCGCCGGUCAGUGCCGACCCGCCCGCGGCCGACCUAAACAAGCCAAAGACGCCAUGGCUACUGCAUGCCAUGGACAUAGAGCCAUGCGGGGACAACGCGGUGAGUCGCGGGACUCAAACGGAGACCGUGGCCAAGGCGAGCCCAAGACCGUGCUGCAGAUUCGGCGCUUGUGGCUACGGUGUGGAAGAGGAUGAGGAGACGGAGGUCUGGCUGACAGCCUGA